AUGGACUCAGAGCCUUCAGUUCCCCUUGCGCGCUCCAUCUCCCAGCACAGCGCAACGUCCAUGAGGAGUGCCCGCUCCUCUACCGUCCGCGGCAAACGAUCGAAGCUCAACUCCCAGCCCUCGAGCUCCGCCAGCUCUGUCGCCGCCUCCGAAGACAAGUCUCUGACGAGCUUUCCCUCCUUCUCACCAGACUCGCCAAGGGGAGACACCUCCUUCCCUCCCGACCCCGUCACCCCCGACCCAGAGCCUGAGCCCCCCGCGACCGUCCGCAAGAUCUCUGACGCCAGGUCCAACGCCUUCUCUCUGCUGGGCAACCUCACCGGCAGCACCCCCGCUGCUGAACAGGCUGCCCGCGAUGCGCUGUUUGAGGACUCGCCCAUCUCGACGCACAAGAUACCCGGCGCCCUGCACCAUGCCAACGACGAACACAUCCACCGCCUGAUUGCCAGAGACGGCGCCGUGCCCCUCAUCAGGCAGUUCGCGACCGACCUGGCACAGCGCGACGCUCAGAUCGCCCAGCUGAGGAGGAAAGCCGAUGAAAGGGAGAGGGCUCUGCGGAAGAUCAUUCUGGAAUGCGGGCUAUCCAACCUGGACCUCGAGACGAGAUUGCGGGCCAUCGAGACCGACGUCAAGACAGCCCGCCCGGGCAACCGUCGCAACGAGAGUGGUCUCUCGGACCUGAUGAGCGAUGCUAUGCAGGACACCGUCAUUUACAACGUAUUUGGCCAGACCGACAACGAGGCGACCGUCCGCGCCAGCAACCUCUCCAUCCCCUCCAACCCUGAUGGCCGAGGCACGACGAGAGGCUGGAAGGACUUUCUCUGGGGCGGUACGAGCAGGAAGAACAGCGGACCCAACAGCGUCAACGGAGACGACACAAAACCCGCUGCAGUUGUCAGAGCGCAGUCGUACGGUGACAGGCGGCCGGGCCUGCAGGAUGACCUGUUCAGUCCGCCGCCGGAGAGCGUUGCGUCUGACAAUGUUCCGCCUAGGACCCCAAGUCGGGCGUCCAGCAUCCAGUCUGGCCCACCUGGGUCGCGCAAGGCUUCGACUUCAGUCGCUGCCAGCCUCAUGAGACUGGUCGCUGGAGGCGCCAUCAAUACGCGCGAGGGAGGCCCCAACCGCGGCCGAUCUAAUAGUGCUACUCAGCCGCAGUCGACCAUGCGAGCAUCGUCUACAUCUAGUGCCAAGACGACUCAGUCGAGUAGGGUGGUCUCUACCCAGGGCGGUCCCAAGGCACUCAUGGCCAUGCGCCGAACAGGACCUAUGAACAAUCCUCCUUCUGGUGCGACUACAGCGCGAACCCAGCCUCAGGAGAGAUGGGACACCAUGACGGGUAGCCCUACCAGCGCCACGCCCAGGCAGGAGAGCUAUGGUCCCGUGGAAAUGGAUGCGAUUCUCCCGCCCGAGACGCAACCCCCAACCUUGACACAUAUUUACAACAACUAUGUUGGUAGCGAGUAUCUUACCGAUCGCUUCGGGUUUAUCUACGAUCAGCGUAGAAAGAAGAGACAGCGUGAAGCGGCGCAGAUGGCUCGCCGCUACAAGUUAGGAGGGCGAACCGAGAUGCUGUCCAAUGGACGCUCGGAUUUGUCCCCGUCGAUGAUUGAAGAAGAGCAAGUUCCGAGUCCCGGAGGCAGCGAGGAGCGACCCGACAGCCCUUCUUCCGCCGAGGAACGCUCGAGCGAAGGCAGGCCUAAGAAGUGGCAAGAUUACCUCAAGCUGGCGACAUUCCCGACAGAGCUGUUGUCUCACACCCCCGCACUCAGCGCACCGUCUCUGGAGGUGCUCGAGGGAGGUGAGCUUGGCAUGAAGUCUCCCGGUCUUAUCACGGUUGAUGAGCGUGGCUUCGUUCCCAUUGCUAGCGCUACGAUUUCAGUCACCGAGAGCGAGGCAACGCUGCCUGUCGAGACCGAUGCGGCCGCGGGGACCGUUGUUAGGGACGACACCGAGCCGGUGAAGCUGCUUCUCCAGCAGAUGGGGGAGUUGCAUGAUUCUUUGCAGCGAGAGAAGGCAGCUCGUUGGAACGAGUUCCUGCGCAAGGUCCGGGCUGAGCAAAAGCGAGACGGCGAGGCGGCGGCAGCCGCUGCAGCGGCCGCAGCCGAGGCUCGGUAUCAGCGACCUGCCGUCAACCUGCCCGAGGCAGCGCUGGCCGACGGCGAACUGAUCGGCAUCACCGGCCUCGGACUCAAGGGCAAAGUCGGCCGCGCCAAGCGUACGGAGCUUAGAAACCUGGUUCUCGGCGGCAUCCCCGUCAACUUGCGUGCAAAGGUGUGGUCUGAAUGCUCGGGUGCCACAGCCCUUCGCAUCCCAGGUUAUUAUCAGGACACCAUUGCCCGCCUCGACGAAGCGGACGAUCCUAUCGUGGUCUCGCAGAUCCAGGCGGAUAUAAAUCGAACCUUGACUGACAACAUCUUCUUCCGCAAGGGACCUGGCGUCACAAAGCUGAAUGAAGUUCUGUUGGCGUACGCUCGCCGCAACCCUGAAGUUGGCUACUGCCAGGGCAUGAAUGCCAUUGCGGCUAACCUACUGCUGAUCAUGCCGUCGGCAGAGGACGCUUUUUGGAUUCUGUCGAGCAUUAUCGAGAAGAUCCUGCCAGCCGGCUACUACGACCACAGCCUUCGAUCGUCUCGCGCUGACCAGCUCGUUCUACGAGAGUAUGUGGCCGAGGUGCUUCCAAAGCUCUCACAGCACUUUGACGAGCUGAACAUCGAGCUCGAGGCCUUGACCUUGGGAUGGUUUCUCAGUGUAUUUACGAGAUGCCUUUCCGCCGAGGCUCUGUUCCGCGUGUGGGACGUGGUGCUUUGCAUGAACGACGGCAGCACCUUUCUGUUCCAAGUCGCGUUGGCGCUCUUCAAGCUUAACGAGUCGCAGCUUCUACAAUGCGAAACGUCGGUGGCUGUGUACUCGUACAUUAACGGGCAGAUGACGAACCACGCCAUCAGUAUCGAUAACAUGAUCAAGGCGUCAGACGGUCUUAGGAAACUGGUCAAGCGCGAGGAUGUAGAGGCGCGGAGGGAGAAGGCGAUCCAGGCUGAGCUGAGGCUUUCCAGGCAGAGGGAAGAAGCGAACGAGCUUAAGCGGGCUAAAAGGACCAACAGAGCCAACGGCAACGGAAACGCAGAGGAUAGCAGUGAAGGCAAUGGAGAGGCUGUUGCCAGCGUGGGAGCAGAAGGAGAAGCGGCAGCGACGGUCAAUGCGCCGGCCGAGGAAGCGCAGUAG